AUGGCAGCAACUCCCAUCAUCCCCGCGCGAAAAACUAAGAAUGCAACCAAGAAGAAGGCAGUUCCAUGGGAUCGGGACGGUGUUGAUGGUGGCAGCUGCAGCAUGGAUAUCGUGCUAGAAUGGCUGACAUCCGACUCAAACUAUCUACGAUGGAGAGGUGAUACCGAGGAAGGAAAGACUAAGAAGUCUUUGUGUGCUGAAAUCAUUGAUAUCAUGGUUGAAAGUGGGAUCAACCAUCGUGAUGCAAAGGGCAAGUGCUUAACCACAAAGAUAUGCUUCCUUUUUUUUUUUUCUUACUUUUAUCGGUAUGUUUUUGUAGGCAUAACCCAGAAAAUCAGUGAUCUUCAAUCCUCAUACAACACUGCUCGCGACUGGAAGAGAAACACCGGAGCAGGAAUCCUGGAAACAGAUAUGAUCAACGGUAUCAAGACUGUUGAAGAUCAAGUCCACUCGAUGUGUCGAUAUUGGGACAUUCUGGAUCCCAUUAUGGGAUCAAGGUCUGUGGCCGAACCGCUUUUCACUCGAUCAUCUGUUUUGGCCGAUCAAGAGCGUCAGACAAAUGAUACAGCAAGUACCAUCGAUGGAGUGAAUCACUCAAAUCUUCCUAGCAGUGGCAGAGACCCCCCUCCAUCCGAUGAAGAACCCAGGGAAAUUUCUAUUACACACACUCCAACUCCUGCUACUACAACAACCACCUCAACCAUGAUGCACCAAACACAAAAGAAAAAGAAAAAGAAGACAAAGAAAUCAGCAACAUCUUCAAGCAAGAGAAGCCAAAAUAGGAGGACGAAAGCGAACCCCGAGGAUUUCUACAUGAAAUCGGUGAUAACAAAGAGGCAGGCAGAAAUGACUAAGGCUCGAGCAUCAGCAACCAAAGCCAAAGUUAGCUACAUGCGAGAGUUGAGAGAGCUUGGUCUUGAAUAUGAUGAGAUCAAAAAACUUGUUGAUGAAGAGUUCCCCAAAAUACCCGACAUGCUUGCUGAUUCCGAAGAAGAGGAAUCAGACUCUGAUGAAGAUAGCUCCUAA